AGUAUUCCAGGAAUGCGGGUGCGUUUCUUGAUUUCAUUGCGGGAAUGAGUGUCUCGCCGUGAAGCCAUGAGAGUGUGGCAGAUAUGCAAGAGAACAUUUUGAACCGUGGGAAAGUGCUCAGUAUGUCGGGAACAGGGCCCAUUGCUACAAAAUCCGGUGCAUUGGGUGAAUCUGGCUCUGUUGGGGAAAACUCGAUGGGCGUUGAACCUAAGUCAGAGCGCGUGAUGGAUGAACCACCGCCUCGCGACGAGCCGAUCAUGGAACCCGUAAAUGGGAUCGUACAGCCACCCGUGAUCCCACCGUCACACCGGAAAGGACGUAUGACUACGCAGCUCAAGUACCUUCAAAACACCGUUCUAAAAGCCAUUCACAAACACCAGUUUGCGUGGCCUUUUACUACUCCCGUUGAUGCCGUGAAGCUAAAUUUACCGGAUUACCAUAAGAUCAUAAAGCAUCCCAUGGAUUUGACGACCAUCAAGAAACGACUCGAAAACAAUUACUACUGGAGUGCGAAAGAGUGUAUUCAAGAUUUUAACUCCAUGUUCACAAAUUGUUACGUGUACAAUAAGCCCGGCGAGGACGUCGUUCUCAUGGCGCAAACUUUGGAGAAGUUAUUCCUUACCAAAGUUGCCCAGAUGCCGAAAGAAGAAAUAGAAAUCAAUGAUCCCAAUUCUGGUCGUGGUCGAGGGACCAAGAAGGGUAGAGGUAUCAAACGACCGCCACCUGUUUCCUCAACGACAACAGUUGGAAUAUCUCCAUCGCGUCCUCCGUCCAGUAUUCCAUCGGGCUCUUCACUUCUGCCUGGAACGCCUCGCGUCGCGAUGGAUGGUUCACCGGGUUCCUCUGGUACGUUGGUUGCCAGUAAUGCAUUAGGGGGAGAUGGGCAUCUAGGUCCUGCAAAAUUGAAAAAAGGUGUGAAACGAAAGGCAGAUACGACCACUCCAAUCGUUGCCAGUGCACCUUUUGAUCCUACGUACACUCCCUCUGCGGAGCCAAAAGCACCAAAGAUCUCAACGCGCCGGGAAUCUGGUCGGCAAUCAAAAAAGACGGAAUCCGGUUCACCGCGUCGAAAGUUGACAAAUGGGCUCAAGAUGUGCGGUGAAAUACUAAAGGAACUUUUUUCCAAGAAGCAUGCUGGUUAUGCGUGGCCAUUUUACAAACCAGUGGAUGCGAAUCUCCUUGGAUUACAUGAUUACCAUGAUAUAAUCAAGACUCCAAUGGAUCUUAGCACAGUGAAGGAGGAAUGUAGUGAAGAAGUUGAAUCCGAUUUUGACGAGGAAGAAGAAGAAGACGAGGAAGAUGAUGAGCUCGAGGCAAGAAUUGUGCAGCUGCAAGAAAAGAUGAAUGAAAUGCAAGAAGAGCUGCAUCGUCUAGUCCAAGAAAGUCAGUCAAAACGGAAGAAGCACAAAAAGGACAAGCGGAAACGACGUCUUAGCGAAUUGAAUGCCCUCGGGACCGGUCCCGUUUCGGAUUACGGGGCUAUACCGACGAAUGCCGGUGUUGGUGUAGGUGCCAAAGGACCGCGGGGUGUCGGACGUCCCCCCAAUGUGCCAUCGGGUGGAAAAGGCAUUCACGCUGCUCAUGGUGCGCUCCCGGCGUCGAAGCGUGGGAAGGGUGUAACGCGUCGUGGUGGUGGACGAGGUCGUGGUGCCGUAGGAAGCAGCACAACCGGAGCGGCAGUGGGUGCACCUGCGGCGAUGGGAGCGUUGGCCCCUUCCGCGUCAGAAACCAAUCAGCUGGGCUUGUCAAAAGCGUACCCUGGUGGUAAUCCACCUUUUGCUGGUGACUCCGAAGAGGAAGAUAUCGCGAAACCGAUGUCUUAUGAUGAGAAGCGCCAGCUCAGCCUUGAUAUCAACAAGUUACCGGUGGUUCCCCGCGCUUCGUUUCGACUCGUCGUCUGUGAACGCGGUGAUAAGCUUGGUCGUGUCGUGCACAUAAUUCAAGCACGGGAACCCAGCUUACGAGAUUCCAACCCGGAUGAAAUCGAAAUCGACUUUGAAACGCUGAAAGCCUCUACAUUACGGGAAUUAGAAUCAUAUGUUGCUUCUGUUCUCCGGAAAAAGCCUCGUAAACCGUAUUAUAAGAAGACCGGCGCGAAGAACAAAGACGAAAUGGAAGGGAAGAGGCAAGAAUUAGAAAAGCGACUUCAGGAUGUUCGUGGAGCUUUGAGCAACCCGACCGCAGGUGGCGCCGCCGGUGCCGCUGCUCCCGGGAUGAAAAAGCAAAGCAAGAAAGAUGGGCACAAGUCAGGUCGGCUGUCUGGAAGCUCGUCCUCCAGUUCCGACUCAGAUUCUAGUUCUACCUCCAGCUCAAGUUCAUCUUCGGAGUCAUCGGAUUCAGAAGGAGAUAAUUUUGCCUUCUUAGAAAGUUUUGUCUACGAAACGAGGGAUUUUCAAGUCGCGUUCGUAUCUGCAGAUGAGGACGCAUCGCCGUCGAAGGGGAAGAAGCCGAAAGUGGAGAAUGCGUCAGAAGAGGGAGGAAACAAUCCGUCGGCCGCCGAGCAGCCGAAAUUCGUUAAUGUUCCUCCGACUGGGUUGCGAGCACCUGAAGAGAAGAACAUGUCCAACGUCGCAUUAAAUCGUGGCGUAACUCACGCCUUACCGUCGAUGGAGUCCAGCGGUAAGUUGCAGGCUGCGAACGGAACGGACGGCAAGCGCGACCAGUGGGGUCUAGGCCAGCCGAUCGGUGGGGGAAGCGUAUCCGAUUCUGCACCUCUGGCGUCCAUUGACUCUGUCCCAAUGAGCGACGUGAAAAUGAUCAGCGGCGGUAAACCGGCUUAUAAUUCACCGCAAUUCUUGGAUGCCGCGCGGACCACGACGGAGAAUAACAUGUUGAAACCCGUGAGCGGAGGAAAGCCCUUGGGUCAAAUGUCCAUGACCAAUCCUCCUCAGGGAUCACCGUCGCAGGAUUCGGCUGGAAGCGGCGGAUCGUCGCAAACUGCCUGGUCGAACAUCGGUCAAACCACAAGUGGUCAAAUCGGGGUCUCUUCGGCGCAGCAACAGCAGCCUGGCGCCCCUGGAAUGAGAAAUGCUGCGCUCGAUUCCUUUCAAUUGUUUAAGAAGCAGGCGAAAGACCGCCAAGAUCGCCAACGUCAGUUGAUGGAGCAACAAGAGCAGCGACGCCUUCAAAAAGAGAAAGAUCUCCCCGAUGUAAAGAAAGAGCAGCGCUUUGCUGGAGACCCGAUGAGUUGCUCCGUAACGCUCUCCACUGGUAUCAACCUAACUCGCGUGCUUGAUGAUGAUUUUCAUGACUUGGCGCCUGAUGUGAGAAUCGUUGCUCCUCCUUUAUUCACCUUCAGAGGAGACGUAAUGAAGAAGCCAGUGAUGGGUGGCGGGAAUGGAGCCGUGGGCCAGCCAAACCAGCUUCCGCCGAUUCAGACAAUGGCUUCCGCGCCCCCUGAAACUUUGUCCAGUAUUGAGCGCGCCAAGCUAAGGGAACAGGAGCGUCGUCGCCGGGAAGCACUCGCCAACCAGAUCGACAUGAACCAGCAAAGCAAUAUGAUGGCUGCCUUUGAGGAGAGCCUUUGAAAACCGCUCAAUUCCUAGGAAGUGUUUAUUCUCCGGCGUUACAUCAAAAUUUAGUUGAUGGCAUCUCCGCGAUUCGUUCAGUGGUUUUGUUGCGCCUUUUUGACCAAUUGGCUUUGUUUGUAUUUUUCCGUAACGUAUGGGGGAGUCGUUGUGGCGAGCUCCGCAUUGUUGCUUUCAUUGAAUUCUUCUGUUUAGUGGGCGGUUCUUGAGCACCCAGGCAUUCUUGUCGGAUUAUAUUUUGUAAGAAAACCGAAAGAUAAAAACUGAUCUUUGUUGAAUUCAUUGGACAAACGACAAGUUUUUAGUUGCAUGUAGUUCGGCGGCUUUUCUAUAUUUGAUGCUUUCGAGAGAGAGAAAGAGAGGAGAGAAAUGAGAAGUCUCGCGACAACCUUCCUGUCUGUUGAAGUCUAGUGUGCGCGUUUCUUUUUUUUUUAUGGCUGCGUGGAGUCCAUUACUGGGGAUUUUGUGAAUUAUUAUAAAUAUGUGUUGUGCGCGCUUUUCAGGAGGUAUCGCGGUGGUGUCGAUGUCGUCGAAGCUUUUGUUGCGUGCGAUGUGGGUGUACUGCAGCUCGGGGUAAGCGAGAUUAGAUUUGUCUGGGAUUUACUCCAACUUCUGUUCACUACCUUGUGCGUUGAAUAAAAACAAGUGUCAACAUUUUUCAAUAUAUA